AUGGGACUUUACAAACAGUACUUUAGACUAACACGCUAUGCCAAAAACCACUUCAUUGGAAUCAGUUCGCAGCAAAAAGGUGGACAAGAUGGCGUUCCACUUCAAAUGCUCGUAUCACAAAACUUUAGUCACAGUCGACUGGCUGUUAUAUUAGUAGGAUUAUUUACAUUAGCGAUAGGUAUAAUUUUAUCUUCAAUUCCAUGGUUAGACUAUAUAAUUUUAAAGAAUUUACGAUUAACAGACGGAUCACUAAGUUAUCAAUAUUGGCAGAAACCUGGCGUGAUUCGACUAACCAAAGUGUACAUAUUUAACGUUACUAAUCCUGAAACAUUCCUUACCCAAGGAGAAAAACCAAGGCUGCAAGAAGUCGGGCCUUUUGUAUAUCGGGAGGAGAUGGAGAAAGUCAAUAUCAAGUUCCAUGACAAUGGCACAGUGUCAUUUCAGCACAAGAAAAUUUUACAAUUCGUUCCUGAGCUAUCUGUAAAUAAGGAUCAAAAAAUUACAGUCCCAAAUAUUCCACUAUUAACUUUGUCGACAAUGUCCAACAACCUAGGCUACUUUGUCCAGAAAGGUAUAUCGGUGAUGUUAAGCAUUGGUAGUUACAAACCUUUUAUCAGUAUUACUGCAGAUGAACUAGUUUUUGGUUACGAUGACAAAUUGGUUUCUUUGGCUCAUCAGUUUUAUCCGAAGUACAAAAGACCGGCAGAGAAAAUGGGAUUAUUGAUUAACCGUAACGGUACUCUGCCAGAAGUUCACAAUAUUUAUACGGGUACAACAGGGAUGCACGAAUUUGGAAUCAUCGACAAACUUAACGGGAAAAAUAGUCUAACGUACUGGGAAGACGCCCCUUGUAACGAUUUGCGAUCCAGUGAGGGGUCUUUCUUUCCACCGAGAUAUUAUACGAACGAAGAUAUUGUUUACCUUUACGAUAAAGAUAUCUGCAGAACUCUUCCUUUGAAGUACAGAAAAGCUGUUUCCAAGCAUGGUAUCACGGCCGGCUUGUAUACUCCACCGGACAAUAUAUUUGAAUCUGUAGAAAAGAACUCCGACAAUAAAUGUUAUUGCCCAGGAAACGAAUUUUGUCCUCCUAAGGGAUUGCAGAAUAUCAGUCCUUGUCAAUUCGAUUCGCCAGUAUACAUUUCCUUCCCUCAUUUUUUGGAUGCGGAUUCUAGCUUAUCAGAGCCAUUCGAAGGACUAACGCCAAAUAGAGAUAAACAUGAAUCAUAUUUUAAAAUUCAACAGAAACUUGGAGUGCCAUUAGAAGGCCAAAUCAGAGUACAAUUGAAUCUCAAAGUAGAUCAAGCUCCUUACGUCACGUUAGUUAAAGAUUUUCCAAGUAUAAUAUUCCCGAUUAUGUGGCUAGAAGAGGGUAUAGAGGAUUUGACGCCAUCUAUCAGAAGAUGGGUAUACUUAGCCACGACAUUCGCUGACGUAGCUUGUCCGUUGAUGACGUACGGAUUCAUUUUUAUCGGCACUUGCAUUAUUUUGGGAGUUUUCGUGAACGCAUACAAAUCUUUGGUGUUUACUAAAGAAACCAUUGAAAUUGGAAUGAAGAAAUUGCAAAGACGAAGCAGUGCAUACCUCUACAAUUCUUCUAACCGUUUCAUCAACCGGCGUGACACCUACACGUUGCUCAAAGUGAACGAAGACGGCGAUGAGGAAGUCAUCGGCGCCUGA